CGUUCCCUUUCCCCCUCUCCUCCGGUCCUCCUCCUUUCCCAUCUCCCAUCCCCACCCAAUCAAAUCAACUCAUCGAAGCAAAUCCACUGCACCGGCGUAACCCAAACCCUAGAGUCGAAGCCCGCCGCGCGUCGAGCUCCAAUACCUAGAGAUGGCGACGGCGGCAGCGAAGACUCCGACCAAGCCCUUGGCCCCCGUCGCGGCGGCGAAGACUCCGACCAAGCCCUUGGCCCCCGCAGCGGCGGCGAAGACUCCGACCAAGCCCUUGGUCCCCUCGGCGGCGGCGAGGACUCCGACCAAGCCCUUGGCCCCCGCGACAGGCGCGACGCCGACCAAGGCCGCCGCCGGCUGCUCCUCCUCCCGCGCGCGGUUCUCCCACGCGUCCGAGAACUCCCACCCCAACAUCCCUCUGGGCACGCCUACCCCACAAUCGACGCCGUCCAAGCCUGCCAAGUCCCCGGCGGCCACGGGCGCCAAGUCCGCCUCCGCUAAGAAGAAGCCGUCCACGCCCGCGCCCAUGCCCCCACCGCCGCCGCGGGAGCGUGAACGGCGGUUCGUCGUGGCGAAGAAGGGGGCGCGGCGGAGGCGCAACGUCGCGACCGUGGGAGGCGGCGGCAGCGAGAUCGACUUCGACAAGUGCCGCGAGGCCGCGCGCGAGGCGCUGCGCGCGUCACAGGAGGAGUUCUUCCGGAAGGAGCGCGCCGCGUCCACCGCCGUCGAGGAGCAAUUGGGACAGGAGGAGGAGGAGGAGAAGACGGGUGAAGAGGAUGUGAAAGGUGGCGCCCUCGAGGAGGUGCAGGAGGGGAGUGAGGCGGAAUUGGAGGGAAGCAGCAAGGUGAGGGCGCUGAGGACGAAAGCGAUGGCGAAGGCGAUGAGCAGCGUUCCAGAUCCCGGCGCCGGCCGCGUGAAGCAUCUGGUGGAGGCCUUCGAGAGCCUGCUCACCAUCUCCGGCGCCACCUCCGACGCCGACAGGGCAGGCGAAGGCUCCUGGGCUCUGCCCGGGUUGCAGCCGUGGAAGGAGGAGGAGAGCGAGGGUGAUCUGGGGCUCCCACCGGUUUCGAUGUUCUCGUCGGCAGAUUUCCUGAAUGCAGGGCCCAAUAGACUCUGUACGUCAUUCGAUGGCAACAGCGACAGGUUGAGCUGGGACAGCAGAACCUCGGCUGGAGGGCGCAAGAGCAGGAGAAAUACAUCUGAGUCGCUAAGGAGCAGCUGGAACAAAAAACUCAAGGUCACAAGCCAGCAUCCGUUCAAGCUAAGGACCGAGCAAAGAGGAAGGGCCAAGAAACAACAGUUUGUCCAAAAGGUGCAGGAAAUGCUUAUGGAGGAAGAGAAGAAGCGGAUACAUAUUGCGCAAGGACUGCCAUGGACUACUGAUGAGCCUGAGUGCUUGCUGAAGCCACCAGUCAAAGAAAGAACUGAGCCGAUCGACCUUGUUCUCCAUAGCGAUGUACGCGCAGUUGAACGUGCUGAAUUCGAUCAAUAUGUACUUGAGAGGAACAAGUUUGCUGAGCAACUAAGGCUGGAGAGGGAGCGGCAACAGGAGUUGGAGGACCAAGAAAGGAUAAGACAAUUGAGGAAAGAGCUUGUUCCUAAAGCUCAACCAAUGCCGUACUUUGACCGCCCCUUUAUCCCAAAAAGGUCUGCAAAACCUGCUACAGUUCCCAUGGAACCAAAAUUUCACCCCCGGCCAGAAAAGCUAUCGUGUUACUGUCGACAGCAAUUCAUCAUGGAGUCCGGAAAGCUGAAACCACCGCCACAUCAGCUGUGCCAACGUGGACAUCAACUGUAUCUAUCAAGAAAUGCAGAGAAUCAUCACACAUGAUUCAGAUGUUUUCCAUUCCCCCUCUUCCUUUUUCUUUCUUGAAUCGUCUUCUCCCCAUGUGUCGAGAUUCAUUUUUUUAGCUUGGAUUACCUCCAAGUUCCGUUCUGUACAAGUGUACAUGCAUGCAUAUCAGUAGCUCUGUGCUUCAGAUGCAAUCAUACCAAGGUUCAAAAUUUGUUGUACAAGAAACUGCAAAAGAAAUUCAAAGAUGAAUUUCGGU